CAACAUUAUUAAAUAAAAUAUCUGUGCAGCUAAAAUGACUCAAUGUUCCUGAAUACCUGGAUAUUCUUGCUUGCUCAUGUGACAGUCGCAUCGUUUGAACAACAAGGAGUCGCACUAAUUGAGCAGUUACAAGAAGGCGAUUCACAAUUUGAAAUCAAAUUCGUCAGAACCAAUGCAAACGACCCAGUCCAAGUAUACAGUUCAUUUUCCCUGCCGGACCAACUAACAGCAUCAUGGCAGAUUCAUUAUCUGCCAGUGAAAAUGGGCUCAGAAACUUGUUCAGAACUCGAGUUAGGGGGAUGUUUUGAAUGUAAUGAGGAGAUCAACCCUGAUCUUAAUAACCCCACACAGACUCGUCCAGUGUGUAUCAAGGGUAAUCCAUUGGGCCACGACCCAACCAAUAUACCCAAGUGUGCUCAAAUCAAGGGGAAGGAUGGGUUAGUGGGCCGUUCAAUAGUGGUUCGAAUUCGCCACAACUCUCCCAAUCAGCCAGAUAAGGUAUAUUGUGCCACAAUAUACGAUCAGAACAGUUUACGACCGAACUUUAUGAGCACAAUAGCUUGGUUCGAUAGUCCCUUGACCGGGUUUGUUGCAUUUCGUAAAGAAAGUUUAGCCGUAUCAUAUAUAAUAGUUAACUUGACCAGAACGGUCGAUAAUAGAGAGAGGUUAGAUGAGGAUCUAAAGUGGGAGAUCCGAGGGGAGAACAUUCACAGCAGGGACUCUCUGUACAACCCAGAUCUGGUUUUAACAGAGGAUGCGAAAUAUAACGAGAAUUGUGAUCCGUCCUCCGACACAGGCCAUCAGAGUUGUGCGGCGGGAGAUCUUUGGAAGAAACAUGGGCGCCUCGAGCUCAAGAACAACAUGGAAAUAAAUCUGAAAAUGUUCGUGGACAAUAAUCUAGCCAGUGAGACCUUGUCGCUUGGUCAGCACCUGGUCAUCCUGAACACGACCAGCAAGUCUAAUGGGACGACUGAGAAGAUUGUAGCAUGGAGUAGGAUUGAAGGCUUGGCACCUUUAUCCUCUGAUAUCUCCUUCUUGGACGGGAGUGUUUUGAAACUCUUACAGCGAGACGAUUGGAGUCCCAUCCAGCAAUCUUACCAGUCGGCUCACCAGAAUACCCCUGGUAAAUGGGAGGUUUCCAUCUACGAGUUGCCUCCUAUUCAGAUAUUUGGGGGAGAUCAAUGGGAUUGCGACGAGAUCACGACAAGUAAAGGCUGGUCCCCGAUUUCUCGCAAGAUGUUUCCGCCAUUCAAGACAUCCAGAGAAGAAAGGCCGCUGAACCAAACAUACACGUUGUACGGGCGGAACUCAAUGAUGUAUAGAGGUGUAGCCAUCAGACCUGAGAACGAUGUCAAGUUCAAGUGUGCUACCAUCACUUACAAACAGGGUGAGGAGAGGAUAUCAUACAGUCUGCUAGAACCCACCGCUCCUGGCAUGAUGGACCAACGGGUGAUAGUCCUGAUGAUAGAACACAUGGUAGUGAGACAGACCACCGUCCUGAUGGCUACACUGUGUCGGAGCAGCAUGUUCUUCUUGGAUCUCACAGAGAGGGAUGGUUGUCAGGGGGACAAGGAACCGUACAACCCAUUCGGGGUCUGCCCUGCUUACUGUCCACUGACUGGUGAGGGCAUGUCGUGUGAGCGGAAGUGUCACGUCGGUGAUCUGUACAACAACUGCUGCACAAUGUGUGUCUACGACAGUAGCUUCCUCUGUCCUGUCGGAGAUCUCAGGAGGAGACUGGACGUGUUCCAGCCCAACACCAGGAACCAUUACACCAACAGGGAGACGGUAUUUAGUGUCAAGAACGAGGUUAACCUUCCACUCAACCAGAUUAACAACAAAUUCAUAGGAGUACAUGUGUUCGCACCCGAAGACGCCCUGAACCGAGUGUUGAUGAGGUGUGGGAUAGUGAAGGAGUUGACAGAGACUGUAGUGACUCUGGAGAAACCUAUCACAGACGGAAAAGUGAUGCUCACCCAGAGAACUGCUUGGCAACCGAUCACUGUCACUUACGAGGGGAUAAAGGUUACUUCUCUGGAAAUUUUGGACACACCAAACUUUGCAUCCGCCCACGUCUGCAAAGUUAACUCGAGCGCCAACCAGAGACCGUUUUACCGAGAGGACUUCUCCGAUGACAGAGAUGCGGAAGAGACUACGUCCUUCGUGAAGCGGAGUAUAACUCUUGAAAACUACAAAGAAAAAAUACCCACCUUCUUCGGGAAAGAGUCCAUCAUAGGCAAAAGUUUGAAACUUGUCUACAAGACUAAAGAUGGACACAGCGAGACGACCAAAGUUGACAUCAGACCCGAAUGGGCGCCCAACGCCACAAAGAAGUUAGAAGCUGUUCUGGUGGACGGACCAAGCCAACGGGUCCUUAGGUUCAACUUCGAGCAAAGGCGAGGUCACCUGGCAGCGGAUACCUAUGUCAGAGUGGAGGUUCUGAGCAAGAAGUAUUGCGGAAAAGAAAUUAAGUGGUACCUCGUCAGUAACACAUCGAUAAAAUACUAUAAAGCUGGACAAUUGUUUACGGUAAAACUUGAUGACGGCAAGACCCUGAAAGGAGCCCACAAUAAACAACAAAGCUGCUCCAGAACUCCUUCUCAGUAUCCGUACAAUCUGAACAUGGGGGACCUGAGUGGGAUACUGGGAGAUGUUAAUCUGGACGGUCCAGGUCGUGUUUAUGUACACGAAUCUUUACCGCUACUCGAAGUUGAAGGACACUACCUGCUGGUCGCGGAUGUCAAUAACACAAUAAUCGACACCAUCUUGCUUCUUCCGCCUGAUGACCCUACACACACACCUACAGUGACUCCACACAAAGAUGAAUCCAAAAACACACUUGUUAUUGUGGUCGUCGUCGUCGUUGGGCUAGCUUUCAUCAUCAGCGGAAGUUACAUACUGUACCGGAUACUCCUGAAAACAAACAAUGGAAAAGACUCUGGAUUUAGACCCAUACCUCAAGACCCCCACAGACCACCCCCUCAUGGCCUAGAGUUGAAGUUGUUCAGAAACAAACGGACCCACCAACUGUGCUACAUCCAUUCAGACGGGACUCAUUUGUACAUGCUCAAAACUUCCGACGCUAAAACAGGUGCUAUAAGUUUAGUGCACCACGAUGAUUUGGAGAAGGUGAACCCUGAAGAUCUCCACCAACACCCCAACAUUAUGCGUUACAACGAAAGUAACGGGAGCACGAACGGCAGUUCGCUCACCAGAUCCAGGGGAACUGUUGCCGAGGAGAACCUCUACACGACUGUGUCUCCAACUGCUGGUCACCCCAACAACAUUGGAUCGCUGAUAGCGUCACCGGAGUCUAGUAGUAGCUCAUUAUCAAGCCACACAGUGUAUGAUCAAGAGCCAGUCCUCACAACUACUAUUCAAACCAGACCCGCGCGCUGAGUCGCAACUCUAACUUAUUUUAGGUGUCAAUACGAGCAUUGCCUCGAGCCAAUCAAAGAACAAUUUGAGAUAUGUAGCAUCUAGAUAUCCAGUGUUCUCCAAAUAUGUCAGAGAUGAACAGAGAAGAAGUAUGGAAGAUGAUAACAAGCGAAAAGACUUAAAAUUAGUUCCGAACCCGUUAUAUCGUCACAGAGAGAUACAUUACUGUUUCUAGGAUAGCUAUUCGAAAAAUGCCAGUCAGUAUUUUUAAUAUAUUUCGUAAACUAGGGCUAUAUAGUGUCCUAAAAUUCUAUGAAAACGUGCUUCCGACAGAAUUAGAUUGUGAAUUUUAACUUGAUACUCGUCAUGCAAUGUACGAGAUUUUUAUCUCCAAUUUCAACGACGAAAGUCGCUUGAUUCGAGUGAUAUCCACGGACCCGUUACUCAAAUCCCCAAACCACAUGCAGUUAAAAUUGUGAUCGGAAAGGCACGUUUCUACAGAAUUUAGUGGGGUUAUACCUCGUCAGCCAGAUUUAACAGUCAGAAAAUAACUCUCUUGUGUUUUUGUUUUCAUUUCAACUGCCAGGUAUAGUUUCAUUCUAUACAUCUGCUUUGAUAUUAGGUUUUGUAAAAUUUAGGUCAAACAAAGUUGACAGUAUGGAUAGGAGAAGGUUUGGUUAUUUUGGGACAAAAUUUUACUUGACACCUGUGCCGGUUGAUUUUGGUGAUUUAAUUUAUUUGUUGUUAAUCGCGUAUGCUUGUUUAGUUUGAAUUUAGUUUAGUGUUAUAGAUAGUAAAAGGCACUGCUUAUUUUUUACAUACGAUCUUGUUAAUCGAAAUUCAAUAAUAAUAUUUUGAAGCUGUCCAAAACACAGUCGGAGAUUUUUAAAAAAGUUCCCUACCUUGAUAUUCUAUUCAUAUAGUGCUAACUUUCUGGUUAAAAGCGUCAAUCAGCAUGACCUAACUCAAUUAUCCUAAUUUAGUUUUCAAAUUAAAUUUCUUAUUAUUAUCUGAUAGUAGGUAUGAAAAGUAACACAUGUGGCCACAAUCCACACCGCAUAAGAUCCCUGAAUGGACUCUUAUUAGAGUUUUGAGUUUUGAGUUUCAGUGUCCAGAGUCUGUGUAGGACUCUGAGCCAUCUUUGCUGCUGAAAUUGGAAAUGUUUCCGGCACAUGGUCUUUGAAGACCAUGCAAGAUGCUAAGACCUGAUCCUCUACUUUUAACCUCUAGGUCGAUCAUUAGUUAAUCGAUUUUCUUUGAUUAACUCCCAAACUGCCAUUUAAUUGUUGGCGUAUUUGCUAAUGUAAGUGGCCAAAUUUUCAAAUAAAAAAUCAUGAAUGUUAUGGAGUUAGCUCAUGCUGGAUAUUAUAGGUAAAAAUUCAGUCUUACAGGAUUACCGCAGAUAAGUUUGAGGUUAAGAAUUGAGGCGUAUGAUCAUAUAGAACAUGUUAUAAACUGUCAUUGGUUUCAUUUCAUGUUCAACGUUUGAGCAUAAUUUU